AACAUCUGAAUUUAUCGACAACGACCACCACGCCGCCAAUCUCUAAAUCCAACAACUUCUGCUUGUCACAGUCGCCAAAAUGACAAACAGAGGAAAACCCCGUGGUUUGAACGCGGCCCGCAAGCUGGUUGCCGCCCGCAAAGAAGGACGAUGGGCCGAUCUGCACUACAAGAAGCGACUUCUCGGAACAGCCUACAAGUCAUCUCCAUUCGGUGGAUCUUCGCACGCCAAAGGAAUUGUCCUUGAAAAGGUCGGCGUCGAAGCCAAACAGCCCAACUCGGCCAUUCGAAAGUGUGUCAGAGUUCAGUUGAUCAAGAACGGAAAGAAGGUCACCGCUUUCGUCCCCAACGAUGGUUGCCUCAACUUCGUUGACGAGAACGACGAAGUCCUCAUCGCCGGUUUCGGUCGAAAGGGCAAAGCCAAGGGUGAUAUUCCCGGUGUCCGAUUCAAGGUAGUCAAGGUCUCUGGUGUUGGUUUGAGCGCUUUGUGGAAGGAGAAGAAGGAAAAGCCCCGAUCGUAGGUGGUUGAUCAACAAGCAGGGUUUGAGCGGUGGAGCUUUCUGGGCGGUGUAUGCUUGCGUCGAGAGACACAUGAUCAUGGAGACAAAUCUAUGAUUGUGCAGCAUGUCUGUUGUUAAGUCAUUACGACGACGACAACGACAACAGCAUAAUAGCACUCGCACCAGCAGCAAUCUACUAGCAUGCAUUGCUCCUGGAUGGGACUGGAUGGUUUUGCUAGAUCGAUAUCCCAUACAAACAAAAAUCCGGGGGAGACCCCAAAUCCAACGUUUUCGAAGAA